CUAAUCUCUCUCUUCUUCCUAUUUCAUUUUCAAAUUUGAAAUCAACACCUCAUAUACAUAUAUAUCUAUAUAUAUAUAGUGGUUAAUAUUUGAGAGAGCUAACAAAAACAAGAACAUAUUUUUUUUGAGUAAGAAGAAUAUAAUGGAGAAACAAGCCAAAUACCAAGACAUAUUGAAAUUCUUGCCCAGAGCAGCUUCUGUGAUCACUUUUCAAAACCCACCAUUUAGUCCAAACAGAGAUAAUAAGAUGAGAUCGGACAACGCAAGUAAGCAGCUAAAGCUGGCCCACGGAAGAGGAUUUUCAGGCCCAAUAAUCUCCAUGAUUCCCGACGAGGCUCGGAGAAAGCCCAAGAACGGAAGUUACGCCGAUCAAGCCCAAGAUCAGGAGCCGACGUCGCCGAAAAUCUCAUGCAUGGGUCAAAUCAAGCACAGCAACAAGAAGAAGAAGAAAUUGAAGAAUAAUACUAAAAACAAACGAGUUUCCGCGCCGGCGGCGGUUCAGGAAGCUAAGCCGGUCGCGUGGUCACCGCGUGAUGUGAAGAAGCACGCCUCGGCCAUUAAGAGGAUGUUCAUGAGUAGUAACAGUAGAAAAUCUAAUGCUUCUUCUGUUGAUGAUCAUCAUCGUGAUCGUGAUGGUGAUGGUGAUGAUCAUCAUAAUAAAGCAACGCUUACUGAUAGAGCUACUUCUUUGAGUCAAAUGAAGCGGUUCGCUAGUGGGCGUAGUGAUCCUUUUGCGAGUUUUGAUUGGGCGGCGGCUCAGGUUACACCGGUGGACUCGUAUCACCAGAAUAUUUGCUAUUUGGAUCUUGAAGGGAGUGAUCAAGAGGACGAAGAAGAAGAAGAGAUUAUGGUUCCGUUCUCGGCGCCUAUGGUGGUUGGUGAAGGAGUCGCUUUACAGCCAAGGAAGGAAAUUAAUCUAUGGAAGAGAAGAACCAUGGCUCCUCCUAGGCCUCUUGAGAUCAGAGCAAAUUAAUUAAAUUCAUUUAUUUCUUUUUUUUCUUAUGAUUUUUCUUUCCAUUUUGGAAGGGUACUUUUGUCCAUAUGAUGAAUUUGUAAGGAAACUGUAAUUGCAUUGGUUGGCAUAUGUAAUAAUGCUAUAUAUAUAUAUAUAUGUAAUGUAUUAAACCAAUUUAAAAGUUACAUGAUUUGUUUGUUUAAAAUUUAGUGUUGUAAGAAAAGAAAAGAAAAAAAAUUACAUGAGUUCUACAUAUUGAAGAAAUGCAUAAUGCCAAGUAACCUUUUAUAUCAUAA